UUUUAUUCUGGGGGAUUUAUCAGCGCCUACAUGUUGACUGCUCUGCAUUCUAGACCCAGCGAGAGAAGAGAGUAGAUCACCUCAACACACUAUCCAUGCUGACGCCAUCCGAAACGCCUAUUCACCACUGUGGACAUUAAACUCUGCAGCUCCGACAGCAUGGAUUUUCUAGACAGCGGUUACCUGGACGCGCGGUCUCCCUAUGAUAACACCUUCAAUUUUUGGAACGACUACCUCGGCCUGUCGACACUUGUCGCCAAAAAUAAAAUCAACAGCCCGUCCUGCAGCCCCAACUCUAUAACCGAGUCCCUUAAAGCGACCCUGGGCUUGGAGGACGAUUCCCCGGUUUGCUCCUGCGUAAUUGGGCACGGCCGGGACAGCGACGGACACUUGGACUGCUGCUGCGCAGCCCCGGGCUCCCCGCCGAUCUCCAUCUACGAUCUCAAGGAGCGCCUCUCUCUCCUCAGGCCGUACGAACACCUUGCUGGUGAUUCGCCGCUGGGAGACAGAGAUUCACCCCCCUACAGGGGCAGCUUCGCCGGCCUCGACCUGCUCUCCAUGGACAGCAGGCGCAAACAGACUCAGAGGGGCAAGCCGGAACCGAAGGUGUGCGUCUUCUGUCGGAAUAACGGCGCCCCGGAGGAAGUUUACGGCACCCAUAUCCUGAAGACAGCGGACGGCAGAGUCCUGUGCCCAAUCCUCCGGGCAUACACCUGUCCCCUCUGCAGUGCUAACGGCGACAAUGCGCACACCAUCAAGUACUGCCCGCUUUCCAGAGACCAGCCGAGCCAGAGAGUGGCAAAGGGAGGCAGACCGAUUGGCAAAAGGCUGAAAAUCUUCUAAGCGAGGAAAUGAAUGAAGUUGGAGUUGCACUGUAAAUUGCAUGGCAGUCAUGUUUGCCCCAUUUCAUGCACAAGACAAGUCUGGAGAGAAAGAUUUAAAAAGAAAAAAAAAAAAGAUUUUAUAGAUUUUUUUUUGUAUGUCUGCUUCACUUGUAAUGUUUUUCGUCAUCCUGUAACUCUAUGGGCACAUAGUUUACACCCCUCCCCAGCACUCUUAAGGACUUGGUGAUAAAUAAUGAACCAAAGUACUGUACAGAUCGACCUGUGAAUGACCACCUUCAUACUGUCAUCAGAAGUUGCUGUGUUUCAAGAAGCACAGUGCCAGUGCAAAGAGCCCUGUGCAUGUCAGCGGGGCUGCUCUGGAUUUUUUUGAGAUGUCAACAUAAAUGAAUAUGCAGCACUCCUGAUAUGAGAUGAAUGUUUAGUCCCAUAGUUCAUUGGCCCUGGAGGUAAGAAGUCUGACAGGCCAUGCAAGAUAUGUUCUUCUUUAUAUCGAGCACAGUUAUUUUCUGAGAGAAAUGUUUUGUACCAAAGGAAUACACUUUUGCAUUCAAACCUAGCCUAAAGGUAAUUUCUGUAUUGUUUAUAUGUUGGAUGUCUUAUAUUCUUCAUGUGAUUUUAUGUGGAUCUAGUAUUUUGCAGAUUUCAACUGAAUGUAAAACAGUGGAAGGUAGAUCUGGCACGCAGUUCACCUACAUGUUCUCCAAGAAGCUCCAAGCUAUAUCAUUUCAGUUUACUGUUCAAAAAUACGUAUGCUGAAUUGAUUUUUUUUUCACGUGGAAAUAUAUUCCUGCAAUUCUUGUAAAUGUAUUAAAGGGGUGAACAAUUUUAGCAAUGAAAAAAGCCUGACAUUCCAAAGUCUUUAUCUGUCAAUAGAAAUGUUUUAUGUACUUAUUUCUACCUUAUGUAUCAUUGGGAAAUAUAUUCACUGUAAAUGACUCUGAAUAAACUUGGAAUUUGCAUUUUUCUUUGA